AUGGCUUGUGCAGAUGCUCUAAAGAUUCUUUUUGGUGCUUACAUGAUGUCUGAAGAAGUAAAGUACUGGUGGGAUAAUUCCAGGCAUAAAUUUGAAGCUAAUGACAACCGUGCUAGUUCCUCUCAUUACAAGAGUGUCAGUGAUAAGAGAAGUGGUAAUCAAAAACGCGGGAAGCCUUAUGUUGUUCUUAAUGGUAAAGGUAAACAUAAGUUUCAACAUAACAAUAACGGUGGGAGGAGUCAUAGUGGGGGAGGUGCUCAUGCUCAUCUCAAAUAUUUCAAAUGUGGGGUACUUGGUCAUCAUGCUGUAGAAUGUUCUACAUUGAUAUGCUUCUUGUGUGGAAAGGCAGGGCAUAUAGAUAAUGAAUGCAAGAAUAUUGUGAUAUUGUGUCUUAUGGUGUCUGCUAUGAACGAUAUCAUGGUUAAUGAUACUCCAGUGAAUGGGUUGGUAACUACUUCUUCAGUUUGUUUGAAGUUUCCAUUGACAAUAUAUGGUAGGAACUUUGGCGUCGACUUAGUUUUCUUAUCGUUGAGUCAACUUCAUGUUAUCUUGGGUAUGCAUUGGGUAGAUUUUAACUAUAUGUAUAUAAACCGCUAUAACAAGACAAUAUUAUUUCCCGAGUUUGUAGAAGAGAAACGUCUGCAGUUUAUUUUUGCGAGAUAA